GCACAGCACAAGUCGCUGCUCGCAUUUCGCAACCGAACCAAGGGAAAAAAAAAGAAGUCGUGCAAGAAGCCGCGCGCCGAGGAGAAUGUACCAGGCCAUCCCGUACGGCGCCAGCCGGCCGUGGCCGCCGCGCCCGCGCCCCGCGCCGAUGGCCGCCGAGGCGGCGACCGUCGUGGACGCCGCCGUCGCCGCGGCGGCGGAGAGGUUGCCUGCCCAGCAGCCGGCGGCGGCGGCGAGGGAGGAGGUGAGGCGGGCCGUGGCGGAGAGCCCCGUGCUGGUGGUGGGGAGGCGCGGGUGCUGCCUCAGCCACGUCGUGAAGCGGCUGCUGCAGGGGCUCGGGGUCAACCCCGCCGUGCACGAGGUCGCCGGCGAGGUGGAGCUCGCCGGGAUCGUCGACGGCGACGUCGCGCUCCCGGCGGUGUUCGUCGGGGGCAGGCUCCUCGGGGGCCUCGACCGGCUCAUGGCCGUGCACAUCUCCGGCGAGCUCGUGCCCAUACUGAAGGAGGCCGGUGCGCUAUGGCUUUGAGGAUACGGAGCUCUCCGGCGGCCCAUGGCCCGGCCGUGCACAUCAACUUCUUCCUGCUGGCGCUCCGACCCUCCAAUUCUUCAUUUUCUCUUCUUCUUUUAUUUUCCUCCUUGGAGUAAAUGAAGGCGUUGUUAACUUAUCAUUAGAUAGGACUUCGAUUCUUUUAGGAGAAGCGUAUAUUGUAUAGUUAUUAGGAAAUUGGAGUGCUUAUCUUAAGCGAUUUCUAUUUAUUUUCCAUCAUGUGAAUAUGAAGAGCGCUGAGAUUUUACCUGA